GUGUGUGUGUUCCUGAGCUGCUUCUGCCCACGGGGCCAGGGCCGGGGCCGGGCUGGCCAGCUUCCUCCACAGAAGCCAGAUUGUUCCUGUGGGAAGCGUCUCCCUCUCGCCGCCACUGGAGCUGAUUGCACCGUGGCGGGAGGGCGGCUCUCAGUCAGGACGCAGCGAGCCACCGGCCAUCGCCAUGGCGUCCCGCAUUGGCCUGCGCAUGCAGCUCAUGCGGGAGCAGGCCCAGCAGGAGGAGCAGCGGGAGCGGAUGCAGCAGCAGGCCGUGAUGCAGUACAUGCAGCAGCAGCAGCAGCAGGGGAUGCCCGUGGCCAGCACGCCUGCCAUCAACACGCCCGUCCACUUCCAGUCCCCUCCGCCCGUGCCCGGGGAGGUACUCAAGGUGCAGUCGUACCUGGAGAACCCCACCUCCUACCACCUGCAGCAGUCGCGGGACAAGAAGGUGCGCGAGUACCUGUCCGAGACCUAUGGGAACAAGUUUGCCGCACACCUCAGCCCCGGGCAGGGCUCCCCCAAGCCUCCCCCUGCAGCCUCCCCGGGCGGCCGGCCUGGGCCCGUGCUGCCCUCCUCCUCCACGGGAAACAGCACCCCGAACAGCCCCAUGGCCAUGCUUCACAUUGGCUCCAACACGGACAGAGAGUUUGAUGAUGUCAUCGAUAAUAUCAUGCGCCUAGAUGAUGUCCUGGGAUACAUCAACCCGGAGAGCCAGAUGCCCAAUACGUUGCCCAUGUCUAGUAGCCACCUCAACGUGUACAGCGGGGACCCUCAGGUCACAGCCUCUCUGGUCGGGGUGACCAGCAGCUCCUGCCCAGCUGACCUGACCCAGAAACGAGAGCUCACAGAUGCUGAGAGCAGGGCCCUAGCCAAGGAGCGCCAGAAGAAGGACAAUCAUAACCUCAUUGAGAGGAGAAGGAGAUUCAACAUCAAUGACCGCAUCAAGGAGCUGGGCAUGCUGAUCCCCAAGGCCAACGACCUAGAUGUGCGCUGGAACAAAGGGACGAUCCUGAAGGCCUCAGUGGACUACAUCCGCAGGAUGCAGAAGGACCUGCAGCGAUCGCGGGACCUGGAGACUCACUCCCGGCGCCUCGAGAUGACCAACAAGCAGCUAUGGCUCCGCAUCCAGGAGCUGGAGAUGCAGGCCCGCCUGCAUGGUCUUCCCACCGCCUCGCCUUCUGGGGUCAACGUGGCUGAGCUGGCCCAGCAGCUGGUGAAGCAGGAGCUGCAGCUGCCCGGGGACGAGGGGGCGGGAGAGCCCCCGUGCCCCCCUGGGAUCGCCGACCAGGAGCUGCCCCAGCCCCUGCUGCCCCCGCCAUCCCCCUUCCACCAACUGGACUUCAGCCCCGGCCUGAGUAUCGGCGAUGGGCCUCCGGGCUUCCUGGACCCCCUGGGACCUGACCCCGGCUCCUCCUUCCCCGCACUGUCCAAGCGGGAGCUGGACUUGAUGCUCCUGGACGAGUCCGUGCUGCCCCUGGCCCCCGACCCCCUGUUCCCGGCCAUGUCCCCUGAGGCAUCUAAGGCCAGCAGCCGCCGCAGCAGCUUCAGCGUGGAGGAGGGGGACAUGCUGUGACCUGCGGCCCCCCAGGCCCAGCUGGGGAAGGACCGGCCAGAGGGGGCCGGCCUGAGGAGGGGCGGGGGACCCCUCUGUCUGGCACUUGUGUGUGAAGAGACCCGUGGGCCCCCCAGGACUCAUGGCCUCCCAGUAGCUGGCUCUCCCAAGGGUCUGGGGGCCCAGAGGAGAUUCCCAGCCUUGCCCAGUCUGGCCCUCAGAGGAUCCCCAGGUGUUUGAAUCCGGUGGGGAGGAGCAGGGCCAACAGUUUCUGGGCUGGUCUGGGACCGGGGAGUAGAGGGGGAGGAAGGCCGAGGGGAGGAGAGGGGACUGGAGGGGUUGGAUGUGGGCACCUUCACCCACAUGACUAGCAUUGGCAGCUCACCAGGGGGCUUGGCUUGGAAAAUCUACUCCUCCUGGCCUGCUACCAGCUCGAGGGAGGGUGGGAGGACGGGUGGGUUGGGAACCCCACAGUCUCGGCCUCUUAGCCCUGACCCCUGAGAAGGGGCUGAACCCACAGGGUAGCUCAUUCUAGGUACCCCACAGAGAGGGGCCGCCUCCCCUCUCCCUUUGGUGCUACACGCCUGUCCUACAGGUUGCCAGUGGCCUUCUUGGGGGUAGACAGGCUGGGGCUGGUUGUGAGACUCUGCCUGGACACAGCUGGGGAUCUGGCUGGAGGGGAGCGGAGGAGCCCACCCUGGCUGGGGUCCAUCGGGAAAGAGGGACUGGUCCUCUGUUCUGGGGUUCAGGGAGCCAAGGCCCCAGCCUCAAUCUCGGGCCGUGGGAAGCUGGCUCCAGCCUUCCCCCUGCCCUGACCCCCGACCCACCAGACUCCCAUGCCUCUUGUCUGAAGGCUAGAAACCCCUUCCCACCUGCUGGAGCCGGUUGGCCUGCCUGGGGGGCCAGUCCGUGUGUCCUACUUGCUGCAACCCACUCCCAGGCCCCUGCCUCUCCUGCCUAAGAGCUGCCUUCAGGGAGAAGCUUGCGGGUGUGGCAAGGGGGGGGGGGCUGCCCCUUGG